CACACUCACGGGUGAAGAGGAAAAAAACCGACUGUGUAGAUCGGUCUUUGUUUGUGGCUGAGGAGGAAAUCCAAGAGACGCUGAAACCGAGGGUGCUUGCUCCUGCCCCAUAUUCUCGGGUUUUUCCUAAGACAUGUCAACUCCUGACCCCCCAAUGGGAGGGACACCUCGGCCUGUCCCUUCCCCAGGACCAGGGCCUUCUCCGGGAGGCAUGAUGGGCCCGAGUCCUGGUCCUUCUCCAGGGUCAGCCCACAGCAUGAUGGGUCCCAGCCCAGGACCACCUGGAUCUGGACAUCCCCAUCCACCCCAAGGCUCAUCAGGAUAUCCUCAGGACAACAUGCACGCAAUGCACAAACCCAUGGAAGCUAUGCAUGAGAAGGGAAUGACUGAUGAUCCACGCUAUGGCCAGAUGAAGGGAAUGAGCAUGAGAGCAGGGGGCCACACUGGGAUGGGACCCCCUCCAAGCCCCAUGGACCAACAUUCACAAAGUUAUCCCUCUCCAUUAGGUGGAUCAGAGCAUGCACCUAGCCCUGUCCCAGCAAACGGCACUCCUGGCCCUAUGAUUCCUGGAGGUCCCCCUGGUCCAGGAGCUGGGCCUAUGGAGGCAAGUGGGGACCCUGGUCAGGGAAUGGGUCAACCAAAUCGUGGUGGUGCACCGGGACCAGGUGGGCCUAGCGGUGCAGCAGGUGGGCCAGGUACCACAGGUGGGCCGACUCCUUUCAAUCAGAACCAGUUGCAUCAGCUUAGGGCACAGAUCAUGGCCUAUAAGAUGCUUGCACGCAGUCAGCCCAUACCAGAGCACCUGCAGAUGGCUGUGCAGGGCAAAAGACCAAUGCCAGGAAUGCAGCAACAGCCAAUGCCAAGCAUGCCGCCUUCUGCAGGACCAGGUGGUGGGGCUGGAGCUGGGUCGGGACCAGCUCAGGCCAACUACAGCAGACCGCAUGGCAUGGUCGGACCUAACAUGCCACCUCCUGGACCUGCAGGAGUUCCACCUGGUAUGCAAGGCCAGCCUAUGAAUGGACCUGCCAAAUCAUGGCCUGAAGGACCAAUGGUUAAUGCUGCUGCUCCAUCCAGCGCUCCUCAGAAGUUAAUUCCGCCUCAACCUACUGGCAGACCCUCUCCUGCACCUCCUUCUGUGCCUCCUGCUGCUUCGCCAGUAAUGCCCCCUCAGACACAAUCCCCAGGACAGCCUGCCCACCCGCCUCCCAUGAUGCUACACCAAAAGCAGAAUCGCAUAACCCCCAUCCAAAAGCCCCGUGGCCUGGACCCAGUAGAGAUUCUCCAGGAGCGAGAGUACAGGCUGCAGGCACGCAUUGCUCAUCGUAUCCAGGAACUGGAGAACCUGCCCGGCUCCUUAGCUGGGGACCUGCGGACCAAAGCCACUAUCGAGCUGAAGGCUCUACGACUGCUUAACUUCCAGAGACAGUUGCGUCAGGAAGUGGUGGUUUGUAUGCGACGAGACACAGCUUUGGAAACAGCCCUUAACUCGAAGGCCUACAAGCGAAGCAAGCGCCAGUCGCUACGUGAAGCCCGGAUCACCGAGAAGCUGGAGAAGCAGCAGAAGAUUGAACAAGAGCGGAAACGUCGUCAGAAACACCAGGAAUACCUCAACAGCAUUCUGCAGCACGCCAAGGACUUUAAGGAGUACCACCGCUCCAUCACAGCGAAGAUCCAGAAAGCUACCAAAGCUGUCGCCACAUAUCAUGCUAACACUGAACGCGAACAGAAGAAAGAAAAUGAGCGUAUUGAAAAGGAGCGAAUGCGAAGGCUGAUGGCUGAGGAUGAGGAGGGCUAUCGCAAACUUAUCGACCAGAAGAAAGACAAACGUCUGGCUUACCUCUUGCAACAGACAGACGAAUAUGUGGCCAACCUCACUGAGCUGGUGCGAGCUCAUAAAGCUGCACAAGCUCUCAAAGAGAAGAAGAAGAAGAAGAAGAAGAAGAAAAAGAAGAAGCCAGAGAAUGUGGAGGGUAGUGCUCUUGCUCUUGGACCUGAUGGAGAGCCAUUGGAUGAGACAAGCCAAAUGAGUGACCUGCCGGUGAAGGUCAUUCAUGUGGACAGUGGAAAGAUUCUGACAGGGCUUGAUGCACCUAAAGCUGGUCAGCUGGAGACUUGGCUGGAAAUGAACCCGGGAUAUGAAGUUGCUCCACGUUCAGAUAGUGAAGAUAGUGGCUCAGAUGAAGGGGAGGAGGAGGAGGAGGAAGAUGAGGAGCAGCCUCAGCACUCUGCGGCUCCAUCAGAGGAGAAGAAGAAGAUUCCUGACCCUGACAGUGAAGAUGUGUCUGAAGUGGAUGUCCGGCACAUCAUAGAACAUGCCAAGCAGGAUGUAGAUGAUGAGUACGGUAAUGCAAGUUUCAACCGGGGCCUGCAGUCCUACUACGCUGUGGCUCAUGCAGUUACUGAGAAGGUGGAAAAGCAGUCCUCACUGCUGGUCAACGGGCAACUUAAGCAAUACCAGAUUAAAGGUCUGGAGUGGCUGGUAUCUCUGUACAACAACAACUUAAAUGGCAUUCUAGCUGAUGAGAUGGGUCUCGGUAAAACAAUCCAAACAAUCGCCCUCAUCACUUACCUCAUGGAGUACAAACGCCUCAAUGGGCCCUUCCUCAUCAUUGUACCUCUUUCAACCCUUUCAAAUUGGGUCUACGAGUUUGAUAAAUGGGCUCCGUCUGUUGUGAAGGUCUCCUACAAGGGGUCUCCAGCUGCUCGUCGUUCGUUCGUUCCCAUUCUGCGCAGUGGGAAGUUCAACGUGCUGCUCACCACAUAUGAGUAUAUUAUCAAAGAUAAGCAAGUGUUAGCAAAGAUUCGCUGGAAGUACAUGAUUGUGGAUGAGGGACAUCGUAUGAAGAACCACCACUGUAAGUUGACUCAGGUAUUGAACACGCACUACUUGGCCCCACGACGCGUGUUGCUCACAGGCACACCGCUACAGAACAAGCUGCCUGAACUUUGGGCCCUGCUCAACUUCCUGUUGCCGACAAUUUUCAAAAGCUGCAGCACUUUUGAACAGUGGUUCAACGCCCCCUUUGCCAUGACUGGAGAAAAGGUUGACUUGAAUGAAGAAGAGACCAUCCUCAUCAUUCGUCGUUUACACAAGGUGCUUCGCCCCUUCCUGCUGCGCAGACUUAAAAAGGAAGUUGAGGCCCAGCUGCCCGAAAAGGUGGAAUAUGUGAUAAAGUGUGACAUGUCAGCAUUACAGAGAGUUUUAUACAGACACAUGCAAGCCAAGGGAGUCCUGUUAACAGAUGGAUCCGAAAAAGACAAGAAGGGUAAAGGUGGCACAAAGACCCUGAUGAACACUAUCAUGCAACUGAGAAAAAUUUGUAACCACCCGUACAUGUUCCAGCAGAUUGAGGAGUCUUUCUCUGAACAUCUUGGUUAUUCUGGUGGAAUUGUGUCAGGGCCUGACCUGUACCGUUCCUCUGGGAAGUUUGAGCUGUUGGAUCGUAUUCUGCCCAAACUGAGGGCCACAAAUCACAAAGUGCUGCUUUUCUGUCAGAUGACCUCACUCAUGACUAUCAUGGAAGACUAUUUUGCAUACCGCAACUUCAAGUACCUACGUCUGGAUGGAACCACUAAAGCGGAGGACAGGGGCUUGCUGCUGAAGAGUUUCAAUGACCCUGCCUCUGAGUACUUUGUGUUCCUGCUCAGCACCAGGGCAGGAGGCCUGGGUCUCAAUCUGCAGUCUGCUGACACGGUCAUCAUCUUUGACAGUGACUGGAACCCACAUCAGGAUUUGCAGGCCCAGGACAGAGCCCAUCGUAUUGGCCAACAGAAUGAAGUGCGUGUGCUCCGCCUCUGCACUGUUAACAGUGUGGAGGAAAAGAUCCUCGCAGCAGCCAAGUACAAACUCAACGUGGACCAGAAAGUCAUCCAGGCGGGAAUGUUUGACCAGAAGUCAUCAGGCUAUGAACGCCGAGCCUUCUUACAGGCCAUUCUGGAACACGAGGAACAGGAUGAGGUCGGGGCUCGGGGAGGCUGCCGCACUCGGGGGGCGUGGGAGGAAGAUGAAGUGCCUGAUGAUGAGACUGUCAAUCAGAUGAUUGCAAGAAGUGAAGAGGAAUUUGAGCAGUUCAUGCGAAUGGAUCUGGACCGACGACGUGAAGAAGCCCGCAACCCGAAGAGAAAACCUCGUCUGAUGGAGGAGGAUGAUCUGCCCAGCUGGAUUUUGAAGGAUGAUGCCGAAGUCGAGAGACUCACUUGUGAAGAAGAAGAGGAGAAGAUGUUUGGCAGAGGAUCUCGCCAACGUAAAGAGGUGGACUACAGUGACUCCCUCACAGAGAAGCAGUGGCUUAAGGCCAUUGAAGACGGUAAUCUUGAAGAUAUUGAAGAGGAAGUCCGUCAUAAAAAGACAACUAGAAAACGCAAAAGAGACCGCGAUCAUGACAACAGACCGGCUACGCCUAGCUCCAGCAGUGGUAGGGGACGAGACAAGGAUGACGAUGGCAAAAAGGCAAAGAAGCGUGGGCGUCCUCCUGCAGAAAAACUUUCUCCAAACCCUCCUUCCCUUACGAAGAAGAUGAAGAAAAUUGUUGAUGCCGUCAUCAAGUAUAAGGAUGGUAAUGGGCGACAGUUGAGCGAAGUCUUUAUUCAGCUUCCCUCUCGCAAAGAGCUUCCUGAGUACUAUGAGCUCAUCCGUAAACCGGUAGACUUCAGAAAGAUCAAAGAGAGGAUCCGCAGCCAUAAGUACCGCAGUUUGAAUGAUCUGGAGAAAGAUGUGAUGCUACUCUGUCAAAAUGCUCAGAUUUUCAACCUGGAGGGAUCUCUGAUCUAUGAAGACUCAAUUGUACUUCAGUCUGUUUUCACCAGUGUGAGACAGAAAAUAGAGAAGGAUGAUGAGAGUGAAGGAGAAGAAAGUGAGGAAGAGGAGGAAGAGGCAGAUGAAGCCUCAGAGUCUGAAUCUCGUUCUGUGAAGGUGAAGAUUAAACUGAGCCGGAAAGAAAAGGGGGACCGCAGCAGUAAAGGACAAAGAAGAAGAGGCCGUGGUGCCCGGGCCAAACCUGUAGUGAGCGAUGAUGACAGUGAAGAAGAACACGAAGAGGAGCGUUCAGCCACUGGCAGUGAGGACGACUGAAAGUGUAACAUUUCCGAAUCAACUACCAGCUCAUUGAGCGCCUUUACUUGAAUUUAUAUAUUUUACUUAGUUGCAGUGGGAACACAGCCAGUGGAAGAAGACUAGUUUACCUAGAUGAAUUUUAGUGAGGCAUUGCUAUUCUCAUUAAAGUAUGUCAUUAAAGCAAAAAAACAAAAAUUAAAAAAAUAAACUUUGAACUUUGAUAUUUAAAUAAUCAUCCCAUCAACCCAGUAUGAUUUUUUUUUUUUUUUUUUUGGACCAUAAGGACAGAUUAAGAAUUUUUUUGUCAUAUUCAUGUUGUCAUCUUUUUCUUUAAAACAAAUCACAUAUGAAACAGGAAUCGCUGUGUUCACUGAAGUUGCUUUUUGAAUGCAUGUUUUGCGCAUCUGGAAAUGCACCUGGAUGUGUCAUUUACUGUUAUCUGUGUUUAAUUUAAGACUACAAAUGGGAUAACGGUACAUCCCAACCUACAGCCCCUCCCUCUCAGGUCAUUUAUGUAAAAAAAAAAAAAAAAAAAGGAGGGAAGGAUAAGACCGUUUCUCCUGUCAGUGUCACUGGACUCCAGAAACUACAAUAAAGGCAUCUCAUAAUAAGCCUG